UGUUUCCCACUGACUUCAUUCAUCACAGUUAACAGAGUUAGACAAACAUGCAGCAGGACGGCAAUCUGCUGCCUUCGCUCAGGGACUGACCUCUGGCCUCUUACUGCACAAAACAGCAGGACCAAGAAGAAAAUAUCCACGUUUUUUUUGUUUGUUUUGUUUUUUCCCCAAAUGUUAAGGAUUGUAAUACUCUGGAGACAUCAAAAACAAGAAAGAUGGAGGAUUCCAAAAGAAGCAGAUGUAACAGCCUUGAUACCAGCUCCCUGUUUAACAAGGAUGUGCUGAGCCAUGGUGACUUUGUGACCUUUGACCUUGAAGCCUCUGAGCCUCUGAUUGGCCAUGAGCCCACACCAGCAGAGGUGGCUCAGUGUGAAGCAGAAGUAAGCACCCUGCUCAGCAUCAUCGCUGAUCUAAACAAGAAGAUGGGGUCGCUAAAGGCUCCGAGUGAUCCAGGAGACAUGAGACCGCCACGUUCAUCCAGACCUCUGGUUCCUCCGGACCUUCUGUCUCACCGGCUGCUCAGAAGGAGCCCAGAGAGCAGCUCUGCUUCUGCUGCCGCAUCCAAACAUCCAACAACCAACCAAGGGGGCGGCGGUGUCGUCUGGACGCAGCUGCAGGAGGUUUUAUCAUCAGUGGAGGACUCGAUCAGCUUCAGAAGGACGUGGGCCGCUCCAAUCACAGCCUCCGACCAGAACAAGGACACGGAGCACCUGAGAGCAGCUCAGGAGAACUGGACCAAAGCCACACAGAUGCUGGAGGAGAUGGAGAGAGACUUUGGGAUUUCAUGUUCUGUGGGAAUGCCGAAGGACCAGAACCUGAACGACUUGUUGGAUCUGGAAAAACACGAAUCUGUUCUCAGGAACAACACGCCGAGUCACAAUGAAGAGCUGCAGAGAGCUCCAAGUAACAUUUACUCACUGGAAGAUGAGAAAAACAAGGUGCUCCACCUGGCUGGUCUCCACAAGGCCUGGAGGUCUGACAGGUUUUCUCCUUCAUAUCGGCCUCCUUCAGGAGCUCUCAGUCCGGACCGACCGCCUCCUUCCUACCCCGGUUCACCUUUACUCCACAGAAGAACCUCCAGAGCUGCGACUCCUCUGUCUUUGGGUGGGGACGGGACUCCGCUGGGCUGCGUAACCCCAAGCAGUCCCUGCCUCAGCCCCAUCAGCCUGGAAUCAGAGACCGACAGACUGAACAGAUGCAUUGAGAGGCUGAAGGCCAGAAACGAGCGUCUGACUGCGGCUCUGGAGCGAAGGAAGGCGGAUUCGGAGCAGAUCAGCCUGAAACUGUGCCGACUGGAGUCUGACUGCUCUGCCCUGCAGAUGGCUCUUAGAUACUGUGAGGAGUGUGAGGAAGCCUACGGCGAGCUGCUGUUUCUUUAUGAAGCCAAGCUGCAGCAAAGCCCCUCUCUGCAGAUACACUCAGCAGAGCCAGUGUGUGACAUGCAGCAAUCAGCUCAGAACCCGGAGAUGGGAACUGAGGAGUUAUCCACCUCCUUCUGCACAGCUGGAGUCACAGAGGAAACCCAGAGUCACACGAGGCACAGAACUCCAGAUCCAGCAGACCGGGAAGCAAUUCUCCGACAACAAAUCGAGCGACUGAAGAGGGAACGGUCAGCCAUUUGCCCAGCAAAGCCAGGUCCAGGAGCCGAGGUCAGACUGAGCUCAGAAACCGGUCAACCGGUCGGUACCAGAUGGGGCCACAUGAUGAAGGACAACACCAAACCUCCUGAGAGCAAGAGGGAGAAAGCAUCGCUGUUUCACGAGCUGAUCUCAGUCAGGGAGGAGAUGUCAGAUCUUCGAGCUUUAAUCCGUCUGAAGGAGAAGGAGCUGCGAUGUCUUGAAUGGGGCUUAAUGGGUCAGAAGUCGCAGGAAGCAGCUGGAGUUUUCAUCCCAGAAAACCUCAGAGACGAGGUGGAAGAUCGGAAGACCGAACAGAUGUUUGGUGAAAACGCUACCAAAGCCGUUAGUGACGGCGAAACCACGAGUUCUCUGACCCGACCCAUUCUGAAAGAGCUGCAGGCAGUCCUACAGAGGGAACAAGCCCUGAAGAGGAGGCUGGCCAUGGUCCAUGACUCGAUGAACUCGGCUCUUGCAGACGGCGCCCCCCACAGGAAGGACAACGCAGAGCAGAUCGCUCGCCUCACACAGGCACACAGUAAAGCCUUGAGUUCCUACAGGCAGAUUCGCAGGAAGUAUCGGGAGCAGGUGUGGCGGCUGGAGCAGAAGGUUGCCGCCAUGAUGGAGAGUCAACACAGCCAGAGUGAAGCAGCCAAAGCUGCAGAGGAAGGAGCGGAGUGGAGGAAGGAAGAGACGAUUUUAUAAAACAAAGAUAGAUCCGUAGCAGCUAUAAGCUGUUCGCAUAAUCUGUUCACAUAAGCUUCAUGUGCAAACCUGAUGUAUAAAUUAUGUUUUUAAAAAACAAUUAUUCUUAUAUAAUACUUGUAGCACUUCUAUGAUUACUGGUAAAACUACAGGAAGGAAACCUUCAAAUAAAUGAAUCAUUUUUUGCAAAUAUUUCUUAUAAAUCAGUGGCGUUAAACUCACUUGUGUCUAAUGAACCAUUUCUGUGGUGAUUUUCCAACCAUCCUGCUAAAAGGACCCAAUCACAACCAUUUUUUGUUUGAAGUAUACAUAUAGUAUAUAUUUAAAAAAUCCAGGCCAACCCAUUUUGUAGAGAAACUGACCCACAGCACCAUAUAGCUUCCACCAUGCAUAUUAUAUCCAAUAUGUUUCUGCAUAAUACUGGUUUCAAAUGAUUAAGAACUCCACAUGUUUAUGUUCAGGAUGGUAGGACAGAAAAGACUUUCAAUUGGCAUCAGAAUCACCAUUAUUGCCCAAAAUGUUUUGCACAAACAAAUUUGAUUUUGGUUUCAAGUGCUCACAGUUUGCAGACAUUAAGUUUAAAUAUAUGUGCUUUAAUAAAGAAUAAAAGGAGCACUCUUCAUAUGUAUGUGUAUGUACAUUAUAUAUUAUAUAUAAAGAAAAUAAAAAAGAAAGAUUAUUGUACA